CUGGAUAGAGGAACUCACUCAACACAAGUUGUGGUUCCACUUCUGUGUCUGGCUGUUGCUGCUGUUGCUCAAAAAUACAGACAGAACACUCCCCCCAGCCCACCAGGAAUGCAUCGCUGUCCCCUGGAGAAUCUUGGUGACUAGGACUGGUAAUCAACCCAUCUUGGUGGUGGGGUUGACGAGAGCCGAACCGAAAUCAUGGGAAGCAAGGAGCGAUUUCAUUGGCAAAGUCACAAUGUCAAGCAGAGCGGAGUGGAUGACAUGGUCCUGCUGUCCAAAAUCAGUGAAGACGCCAUUGUUGAAAAUCUGAAGAAGCGUUUCAUGGAUGAUUAUAUUUUUACCUAUAUAGGACCUGUCCUCAUCUCUGUCAACCCCUUUAAGCAAAUGCCUUACUUUACUGAUCGAGAGGUUGAACUCUACCAAGGAGCGGCUCAGUACGAGAAUCCUCCCCACAUCUAUGCGCUGACGGACAACAUGUAUCGCAACAUGCUCAUCGACGGGGAAAACCAAUGUGUCAUCAUCAGCGGAGAAAGUGGCGCUGGGAAAACCGUGGCGGCAAAAUACAUUAUGGGCUACAUUUCCAAAGUGUCUGGAGGGGGCGAAAAGGUGCAGCAUGUCAAAGACAUCAUCCUCCAAUCCAACCCGCUGCUGGAAGCUUUUGGUAAUGCUAAGACCGUCCGGAACAACAAUUCCAGCCGAUUCGGGAAAUACUUUGAGAUCCAGUUCAGUCGUGGGGGCGAACCAGACGGAGGGAAGAUCUCCAACUUCCUCUUGGAAAAAUCCCGGGUGGUGAGCCAGAACGAAAGCGAGAGGAACUUCCAUAUCUAUUACCAGCUCAUUGAGGGGGCCUCACAAGAUCAGAGACAUAACUUGGGGAUCAUGAGCCCAGAUUACUACUUUUAUCUGUCCCAGUCAGAAACGUAUAAAGUGGAUGGUACAGACGACCGAAGCGACUUUCAUGAGACCAUGACUGCCAUGGAUGUGACUGGCAUCACUGGCCAAGAUAAGCAACUUGUCCUACAGAUCAUAGCUGGCAUCCUUCACCUGGGGAACAUCGGCUUUCAGGAACAGGGCAAUUAUGCCCAGGUGGAGAGCCCAGAUUUGCUCGCCUUUCCCGCCUACCUCUUGGGGAUUGACAAGAAUCGGCUGAAUGACAAGCUUACCAGUAGGAAGAUGGACAGCAAAUGGGGCAACCGGAAGGAGUCCAUCAACGUGACCCUCAACGUCGAGCAAGCUUCCUAUACUCGUGAUGCCCUCGCCAAGGGCUUGUACUCCCGUGUCUUUGACUUCCUUGUGGAGUCCAUCAACAGGGCCAUGCAGAAGCCAAAUGAAGAGUAUAGUGUCGGCGUCCUAGACAUUUACGGUUUUGAAAUAUUCCAGAGAAACGGCUUUGAGCAAUUCUGCAUUAACUUUGUGAAUGAAAAGCUCCAGCAGAUCUUCAUCGAACUGACCCUCAAAGCAGAGCAGGAAGAGUAUGUGCAGGAAGGGAUCAAGUGGACCCCCAUUGAAUAUUUCAACAAUAAAGUUGUCUGCGACCUCAUUGAAAACAAGCUGAAUCCUCCUGGCAUCAUGAGUGUCUUGGACGAUGUUUGUGCCACCGUUUACGCCAAGGGUGACGGGGCAGACCAGACUCUUCUACAGAAGCUCCAGUCGGCCGUAGGGACCCACGAACAUUUCAACGGUUCCAGUUCGGGAUUCAUCAUCCACCAUUAUGCUGGCAAGGUGUCCUAUGACGUGAGCGGCUUUUGUGAAAGGAAUCGAGACGUGCUCUUCACUGACCUGAUAGAGCUGAUGCAAAAUAGUGAAUUUGGAUUCAUCCGGAUGCUCUUCCCAGAAAAACUCGACGCAGAUAAGAAAGGGCGGCCCACCACUGCCAGCUCCAAAAUUAAGAGACAGGCUAACGACCUCGUGAACACGCUCAUGAAGUGUACGCCCCACUACAUCCGCUGCAUUAAGCCCAACGAGACCAAGAAACCCAGGGACUGGGAGGAGAGUAGGGUAAAGCACCAGGUAGAGUAUCUGGGCUUGAAGGAGAAUAUCCGAGUCCGUCGAGCCGGCUUCGCGUAUCGCAGGCUUUUCCAGAAAUUUCUGCAAAGGUAUGCCAUCCUGACCCCGGAGACCUGGCCGAGAUGGCGGGCAGAUGAGCGCCAAGGAGUCCAGCAUUUGUUGCGGUCCGUCAACAUGGACUCAGACCAGUAUCAGAUGGGCCGCACGAAAGUCUUCGUCAAGAACCCCGAGUCGCUCUUCCUUCUAGAAGAGAUGCGAGAACGGAAGUUUGAUGGAUAUGCCCGGAUCAUCCAAAAAGCUUGGCGACGCCACAUUGCAAUCCGGAAAUAUGAACAAAUGCGAGAGGAAGCAUCCCACAUCCUAUACAAUUUCAAAGAGCGACGGCGCAACAGCAUCAACCGGAAUUUCGUAGGAGACUACCUAGGCAUGGAGGACAAGCCAGAAUUGCGCCAGUUCUUGGCCAAGAGGGAGAGGAUUGAUUUUGCUGACUCAGUCACCAAAUAUGACAGGCGGUUUAAGCCAAUCAAGAGGGAUUUCAUCUUGACCCCCAAACACUUCUACCUGAUUGGCCGGGAGAAGGUGAGAAAAGGUCCCGAGAAAGGCCAGAUCCAAGAGGUGCUGAAAAAGAAAGUGGAAGUCCAAGCUGUCAACAGGGUAUCUCUCAGCACAAGACAGGACGAUUUCUUCAUCCUGCAUGAAGCCGAGGCUGACACGUUCUUGGAAUCCGUCUUCAAGACCGAGCUGAUCAGCCUACUCUGCAAACGCUAUGAAGAGGCAACCCGGAACAAACUCCACCUAAAUUUCAACGACACACUACAAUUCCGUGUAAAAAAAGAAGGCUGGGGAGGGGGCGGCACGCGGAUGGUGACAUUUGUGAGCGGACAGGGCAACGUGGCAAUCCUCAAAGCGGCAGGGAAGGCUCUGACCAUCGCCAUCGGCAGCGGACUUCCGAAGAACUCGAAGCCGACUAGAAAAGGGAUCCAUCACAGCAAAGGUUACCCCAAGCAGCCAGCGCCGUCACGAGCCGCCCCGUCAGCCCCGAGAGGGGGGGUUCCUCCAGGGAGCUGCAGGAAUGGAGCGCCGCAGUUUCCACGCAACAGCAGGCCACAGGACCAGACCUACAGCACCCCCAGGAGACCUGGACAAGUGCCCCCAGCCGCCGCCAUCCCCAAACAAGGCAUGAUGCGGCGGUCGAAGGCAAGGAUGCCCUCGGACCACAACAUGGAGUUCCUCAAUGUUCCGGACCAGGGCAUGGCAGGGACGCAAAGGAAGCGGAGCAUCAGCCAGAGGCCUCCUCCGGCUGUGGGAAGACCCAAGCCGCAGCCGAAGAUCUCUGGCCCGCGCUGCCGCGCUCUGUACCAGUACCUCGGGCAGGAUGUGGAUGAGCUCAGCUUCAAUGUGGGCGAAGUGAUCGAUAUCCUGAUGGAAGAUGCCUCCGGAUGGUGGAAAGGGCGUCUCCACGGUCAAGAAGGCCUUUUCCCUGGGAAUUAUGUGCAGAAGAUCUAAGCGAUGCCCUGUCCUGCAGUGGCCCAAGCAUGAGCAAGACACAACCAGUGGGAGCGUUACAAAACUGGCCCUUGAAACAGAGCCAGCUUGCACUGAGCGCAUGGGACCCCUCCUGCGCUAUACGUCACAUUAAGACUCUCUGCCACCUUUUUCUAAAUCCCGCAAACACUUUGGCUAAAAGCCUCGCUUAGCGAGAGCUCACAGAGAGGGGGAGGGGGGGGAAUGAAUGUAACUUUUGCACCACCCCCACCCCCAGCAGGUAUUGUGUUAAUAUUUUAGCUGUCUUGGUGCUAUCUAGGGGGUUGGACUUGAUGGCCUUACAGGUGCCUUCCAACUCUACUAUUCUAUGAUAAAGGGGGAUGGCCAGUUGAAAUAUUUUAAACAGGGAGGAGGAUGGAGUUAUCCGUGCACACCAGAGAUAUUGCACUGCCUUGAUGUUUUCUGCACAACGCCACAAUGCUUUUUGUGGGCUGGGGAGGCCCAGCAAGGAAUGAAAAUAAGCCGUUUCAAAAUGCAUGUUUCGUAAGGUUGCUUUUGGACACAAGCACCCUCCUCUCGUUCGCAGAAAGGAAAGCCUUGUUGCAAUUUGUUAAAGCUCACGGCCUGCGGGCUGGUGCAGCUAAGUGCCGCGGUCACGUAAAAGGAAUCGCGCGAGGAGGAACCGGUUAUGCCAAGGCUGGGCGGGGGGGUGAGACAGCAAAAAAAACAGCCCUUCCUAUUGCUAUGAACAGCUGAAACUCUCAGAUCGCUAGCUUCUACGAGUGUGUUUUGCACUCUCUGUCACAUGUACACUGUCUGCCAGUGAGCUCCUGGUGCUAUGGGAGCGAGUUCAUUCCCUUGAGGCAAAGGUGGCGGACCUAGAGAAGUUGAGCGGAUUGUAGAUGAGGCCUUCAGGGACAUUUCAGCUGUGUCUAGGGACAGGAAGUGCUGUCCAUUUCGUUUCUCUCUGGUUUGCAUUUUCCCAAUAUUAAAUUCAGUUCUCCACAUUUCUGCAGUAAUUUGCUAUUUUUUUUUAAAUCCUCGUUAAAAUUCUCUGGGAUUUUCGUGCAAAUUUCUCCUAAUAAUAA